CUUCAGCACGAAACAAAAAAAAUAAAAAAAAGUAGGAGGUUGAUGUUCUGGUUGUUGCGAUAUGAAACUCGCUUGUCACUUAUAUUUUAAAAGAAGCGCGUGAAGAGCUUUCCUGUGGAUUUCGGGGCUUCGCGCGGCAGGAAGGGGGACUCAGCCCACCCAGUCUGUCAGCCAGCCGUGUUGUACCGCCGCCGCUGCCGCUGCUGCUGCUAGUUGUUGUUCAGUAGCUGGUGCGCAAACUGAAAGCUGCGUGUUAAUGCUAAGUGGCGGAUAUGAAGCGACGUGCGCCGACCUUCUCCGAAACUGGAACUCUUUAAAGGUUUUUUGUUUUUUUUGUCGGGAGAGUGGACGGGAUAACGUGUGAGGGGGGGAAACACCAGCAGAGCUCGGCUCGGAGGGGAAGAGAGAAGGAGACAGAGGGGAGGAAAAAAAGGAGUGUUGCCUUCUCUGCUCUUCUCUUUUCUCUUACGGGAACUCAGUUGCUGGCUCUUUUCAGCUGAGGCUGUCUCUCGAGUGGAGCUGCGAAACAUCGGUGAUAUCUGAGCUAAUUCCCUUUACCGGAGCUGCGUGGACAAACCAGUCGGAUGAGGGUUACCUUUAUGCAUAAAUAAGGUGUUUAUUUAUUUAUUUUUUCCCCUGACGCCUGCGAAAACAAGGAGAGGUAGUGGAGGCACGUAAACCUACGUUCGGGCGCUUUGGAGAAACAUGUGAUGACCCAUGCAAGGCAGACCGCUUCCCUGAGGCAGAACCACACUAAUUCUGACUGGUGGGACACCAGCCAUACCUGGCCUCAUGGUGGCACUAUGGGCGGCGACUGGCCUGAGCGUACCUUACGUUUCGGCAGGACAAAGAAGAUAAGUGGGGUCACAAGACAAAGGAAAGACCAAGAGCCCAAGAGGAUGAACGAGAAGAGAGAAGGAAGGAGAAAGUCGGAUGAGAGCAGACAGCUUGAGCAAAGGCGAGACAAGAAACGGGUCCGAAAGUUGUACCCGCUACGUGGUCGGGGUGGGAAUCCAGAGGAGGAGCUCAGCUGCCAUGUUCUCCUUACCCGAUUGGAGGAAGGCUCACGUGAAAAGCCCAAGUCUAAAGGCAAAGGAGGAAAAUACAGGCCCAAAACCAAACCCCAAAUGGACAAAACAAGAGACAGGAUGAAGGCAAAGUCACUACCAAAAACCAAACUGAAAUCAAAACACAAAGGUCUGGCUGACUAUCCUGAGCUGAGAGACUUACAGCCACGCAAGCGCAGACUGGCGUCUCUCAAUGCUGAGGCAGUGAAUAGUUUACUGCUUGAAAGACCCACCGACGCCCAACCAGUAGCCAAACAGGCCAGAAGGCAGGAGGAUCCUCUGGACGGAGCGGUUUCUCUGGAUCCAGCCAGAAGUUCUUUGGCUGGAAGUCUGAAAGCCUCACGAGGCAACAUUAGUAAAGUCUCUCCACCCAACAAGGUUGAACUGUGCCAAAGUCCUAAGCCGAGCAAGAAGGCUAAAACCAGCCGAGGCUAUGAAAGAGUCUGGAUGAGUCAAGAGUGUUUAGACGCACCUGCACCAAGACGACUAGCUGGACUCAAUGCUGCAGCCCUGCUGAAGUUAACAAGCUCCUCAGCCACCAGUAAGCAGAGAGUAAAGGCAGCACCCACCGCAACCGUUACGUCCAACUCUAUGGCUCCUGCCGCGGCCUCCACCCCAAAGCACCAAAACAAGCACCACUUACAAAAGAAAGGCAAGAAGCCCCCUCCACCGCCCACUGGUUGUUCAGCCUGCAAGAAAAAAGCGGACUUUGAACCCAAGGUGGAGCGGGAGACGAGCAACUGCACCCACCGCCUGACCAAACCAGGGUAUCAGUCUCGUAGCAUGCUAGGUUUCCCGCUAAAGCAGGUGAAGGAGGAGCAACUGGAAACCGAACUGAGCCCAUACUACUGCUGUCCCCCAGAGGGUUCUGUGGAGUACUGCCACCGCUUGGCCUGCUUCCUCGGCCAGCAGCCGUACGGAGACUCCGAUGACCAGUCUCUAAACUCAGCCAUGACCCCCGUGAAGCCAGAGUGCCUAGUAACCUCACCAUCUCUCACACAUUCCCACACACACCGAGCACUCGCCCUUACCCCGCACCCAUGCCUCUGUACCGCUGACCACUGCUUCCCCGGCUACUACGUCCACAUCACCCACCCAACGCACACUGGACAGACUUCAGCAUCCCUGGCCACGCGGCCUCUCAACUUCAGCUCCACCGGCUUGUGCCCCAGUCGCAUUACCGGAUCCAAGCUCCUGGGGGGUCAGGUGUCGCACCCGUCCGGUUUAGGCCACCCCGCCUACUGCAACUCUGUGGCUUCCCCCUGUUACGGAGAUGCCUGCGGGAUCAGUGGCUACAGCUACAGAGCGCUGCCUCCAGUGACGGGCAGCGGUUGUUCUUUUAGUGCAGGAUGCACCGGAUGUACGCACAGCAUCAAGACAGAGGCUUACACAACCCCACAGGGCGACCACAGCCCUUCCCUUCUGGUUCCCCCCACCAUGCCAAUCGCCCAGUGUCCACUGUCCAGUGUGCCCACUGCCACACAGACUAAAAGCCGCCUGCUGACGCCUCUGUCUGGCCGAGAUCAGCCCCUGGCCAUGUUAAAGCUAGCUAAGGAAUGCCCUCAGAGCACAAAAACCUCCAACGGCUCCUCCGUGGGCCACACCCGGCUCCUGACGAAACAGGCGACCCCGGUGCCAAGCCUCGGCAGCGGCAAGCAGAAGAAGAUCAGCCGCAGACGUGCGACGAACGGCUGGCGGCCCGUUGGCAUCCCCACAGACAGGGAGGUCUUCGUUGCGGGAGAAGAUGAGGCCGCAAUGCGGAGCUGUUACGAGGGAGUCGAGAGGGACGGCGAAGUGAUCCGUGUCAGAGACACUGUAUUGCUGCGAUCUGGUCCCAGGAAGAAGUCCCUGCCGUAUGUCGCCAAGAUAUCAGCAUUGUGGGAGGACCCCAAAACAGGAGAGCUGAUGAUGAGCCUUUUCUGGUACUACAGACCUGAGCACACCCAGGGAGGCCGAGAUCCCAGAGCACACUGUGAGAAUGAGAUUUUCGCCUCUCGGCAUCAGGAUGAAAAUAGUGUGGCCUGCAUAGAAGACAGAUGCUACGUUCUCCCUCUAGCCCAGUACUGUCGAUUUUGUGCCUUGGUGAAGCGGCGUGCCGAAGGCGCCCCACCUGGCAGGGCCAGCAUGGUGCCCUUCCUGCCCGACUUCGCCCCUCCCUCCCACCGCUGCGUGCCCAUGGACGUCGACCCCGAGCUGGUGUACCUCUGCCGGCACGUCUACGACUUCCGAUACGGACGCAUCUUGAAGAACCUGCAGUAGAGCGGGAGCCUCCCCCCCCCGUCUCUCCCCCGUCGGGUUGCAUGUACACAUUACGAAGCACAGAUCCCUUUAGUUACAUACUUAGGAAGUUAGAAUGUCGUAGGGAAUCUCGGCUCAGUCAUCCGUCCGCUCAGAUUUUUCCCCACCUCACCUUCCCUGCCAGAAAUGCCGGGCGCCAGGUCGAGCGGCGCGCCGGUCAGAACCGUGUCUCCUUCCCCUGAAGCACGUUAGCGCAACAAUCAUGUUUGUUCCGUUUGAGAGCCGCCGGCGCAGCGACGGUCCGGCACGCCGCUCCGGUGCUUCCAGGGAAACAUGAGGCCGGCCCUGUCAGCUCCGCGUUAACGCCACCCGACAAGCAUGGGUGAAAGAGCAGCUAAUGGAGAGUGUCAUCCUUUCUCCCCUGAUUCGACUCUGCACAUCGUGCGUGUGUGUGUGUGUGUGUGUGUUUGUGUGUUGAGUGUUAUCACUGAGGUUCAAUAUAGUGACAUUUAGGAGGGUUUUAGAUAAUCAAACCAAGCAAGAAAGUAGCUUUAGAGGAAUUGGAGCGUUUUCAGUUUUUUUUUUUUUUAGUUUUUUUUCCUGCCGCUGAAUUAAACAGUUUCACAUCAAGCAACUGAUUGGGCUUGAAGGCAGAGAUCACCGUGUAUUCCUGAUAACAUAUGGUUAUUACUUAUAUGGUGAGACAAAAAUCCCAGUCAGUCGAGUUUGUUAAUCGACUGACUGAAGAAGAAGCGUGUUGUGCUUAUUUGAGGUAAAUGGCGAGACCACGCUGAUAUCAGGCUGCGCAUGACGACCGAUGUUUUGACUUUAUGUACCUAAUGUAAUAGACCAGAAAGCAGAAACAGUACCUUGCAAAAGUAUUCAUGCGUUACAACACACGGUUGUAACGCAUGUUCCUGUGUUACAACCGUGGAUUUUGAUGUAUUUCAUGCCGGCUUUUAUGCGUUAGACCAACACAAAGUUGCACAUAAUAGAGAAGCUGUCAUGUAAAUUUAGUUUUUUUUACAAACUAUAAUCAGAUUAAAUAUUUUGGCAUGUAUUCUAUUCGCUUAUUAUGAUGCUUCCACUACUGUGUUCAACAGUGAAUAGGGUGCAGUGUUAGUGUUUCCCGUCACAAAGUGUUUUUGAAACAAGCUAAAAAGCUUCAUUUUAAAUUAAUCUAGCAGCAGCAUUUACUCCUGGAUGUUUGCUAAUGGGUCACUUUUCCUUCUUUCCUUCAUUUGUUGAUCAGGGCGUUGAAUACAAAUUGUCAACUUUUGAGAUUUCGUUUGUGAGAUAAACUUGACUUUUUUUUUUUUGGCACUACUGCGUGUUGGUCUUCCACUUAAAAUCAACGUUGAGCACAUCUAAGUUUGUUGUUGUGACGAGACGUAAAAUUUGCGAAUACUUUUGCACCGCACUGUAUUUCAGUUCCUUCCAAGUCUCCACGAUUAGGACAGUUUUCAUGUCGCCAGCUCUCGCCUGAUUCCUAAUCCCUACAGCCCGUCCAGGAGGAACCAGAGGAUGUGGCGCAAAUUUGAACGCCCCGAGUCUCCGUCUCGUCGUCAGCACUUGUCCCCAUGUUUUGUUGCACUAAAACCAAUCCCUCAUGAAAACACGCGGUCGCCUCUUUGUUUCGUAUCGGAGCUGCCGAGACAUUGGCGGGACGUGAAAGGCGGGGCUUACUGUAGCGCAUUUGUUCGGGUGUUGCUGUUUUUAUCGCGAAGGAGACAUUACGGAUGUAACGGUUUGUGCAAACUGUUCGUUUUGAUGACCAGAGACGAGUCGACCAGCAUGUUUGCCAUGGCAACUCGACGCUCUUCGUACUGGAUGAAAUCAGAAUGGAUCUAGAGUAAUUCCUUUUUCUUUUUCCCCUCACAUAUAAUCCUAGAAAUACUCGGUAUAUAUUUAUGUACGUAUUCACACUGUUAAUGUGACUAGAUGUGCAGAAGGCUUCAGGAUUCAGUCCUGUCUUGCUGUGCAGGCAAUCGUAGCACUGUGAUAGAUGUGUGACUGGACUGAAGGGGUGUUUCCAUGCUUUCAGAUGAAGCUUUUGCUGAUUACAAACCACGCGCCCUCUCAUUGCCUCCAAACCUGCAACUUCAUUCCCCGUCAGCGUGCGUUCGAGUUCCAGCUGCAAAAGAUCCCCUCUCUCUGAAGCCAUCUUUAAAUCUCCCCCUCUUCUUUUUGAAGCGCAUCAACCCUGACUCAAAACUAAAUCAAACCCUACAUCUCCUUCUUUUCCCCCCUGGAGUCUUCGAAAAGGGUAUCGAUAUAUGUCUAUAUAUUCUCACUACUUUACAAUUUCUCCUCCUCCUAUAGAAUAUUUUAUUAUGUCGAUUUGCUAAGAUGGCACAUGCAAUAUAUUUUUUAGAAUUACUAUUUUUGAAGAAUGAACUUAAGAAAUCUUGACAAAGUAUAUGCAUUGCUUUUCUUUUCUUUUCUUUUCUUUUCUUUUCUAUUUUUCCCCCAGUAGAUAUCAGGUCGGUCUAGAGUCGAUGUUUGACCAAACGAAAGAGAACUAUAAGGAGAACAUGUCUGAACCCCAGGACGCACGGGGCAAUCUUUAAACAAGCAGACGGCCAAUGCACAGUGUUGAAAUUAUUAUUAUUUUCCCUUGCAAGAUCUGUAAUAAUUAUAUUUAAAGUAUAUUUAAAUGGAGAAAACAAUUGAAUAUAUUAAGAUGUCAGUUUUUAAGUUAUUUGGGACUUAUUAUGUAGAUCCUGCGUAUUUGUGCUUCAGGAUAGAAAGCAGUUUUUUUGUUUAUUUCUCAUCUUAGAAGCUUAAUGAGGUUUAGUAGCAGAAACAUAACCAUAGGUUAGCUUCGUUGAGACCAGAGCAAUUUUCGCCAAUAGCACCUUCGCUCUGGAGGACCUAAGUUUGGUUCCCAAGUGGCCAAACGGAAACCGGACCGACCUUAACGGGACAGUUCGGGACUUUUUCUAACUGAGGUUCUGUAAAUGUUAGGAGCAGUUCAUAUCUUGCGACCUUCAACAAACGCCCUCUGCGUUGAUUCUGAACUAUCCCUUUAGGCGUGUAGUUUGGGAGAAGCGUCACCGGAGCUCUCAUUGACGAGCUGAAGUCAAAACGAGACAAACAUGGGACAGGAAGUUCCUCUGAGGUCCUAAGCUGAAACCAGAAACCCUGGUGCAAACGUUUAGAUGUCACUUGCGAAAGAUGUAAAGUAUUAUUGGAUGUAGACUGACAGUAUUUCAAAACAGUUGCCCUUUAAACUCUACAAGGAGCAUCCCUUUCUGUCUUGUUCAGGUUAAUUGGUGGAUCGGCAUAGAGGAAACAUUAUGCUAACGUUAGCAUAAAUGAUAUUAUCAUGUUGGCUUUCACUAGCUGGAUGGCUAGCAUUAACUCAGUCCAUUCAGCAAGUCAGCUUUAGCUUUAAAGUCAAAAUUAGCAUUUAAGCUAAUGCUAGCUUAAUCAUUAAUCAUAAAGAUGUCUCUUUGCCCCCUAGUGGUCAGGCAAAGCAAGAUUACAGAUGUUGUCACACCAACGUCCCUUAUCUGUUCGCCGGCCAGAUGCAGGCGCUUCCUGAAAAAGCAGCCGAGGAAAACUCAGACAGCCAUGUGCUCCCCUCCCAAGUGCUGGCCAGCCUUGCAAAACGCAUGGACUUCGAUAGCCUGCUGUCAUUCAGUAACCUAAUCAGCCACAGGCUAUUUGCAUGGAGACAGUUGUGUCCUUAUUUCCAUGACAACAAGGUUGGGCAAGCACUCAGGAAUAAGAAGUUUCAGCAAACUAUGAUGUGAAACACUGAGUAACCUUCGCUGAUGUGUGUGUGUGCGUGUGUGUGUGUGUGUGUGCGCGUGUUCACUCCAUUAGACAAAAGCACCCGACCAACCUGUGAGAUUCAGCUUUCUCUGUGGCCUGUAUUGAUGCUUCUUGUUGGCAUAUAUUUUGAUAUAUUUGGAAAAUGUGGGAUAUACAGUUUAGAUAUUUUUGGAGUAGAAAGAGUUGUGUAUCAGAUCACUGUCACUUUGUCAUGCUCUCUGAAGAUCUCUUGGAUUUUUUUAUUUUAUCUUAUUUGAAAGACUAUAUCAUCCUAACUGAUUUAAUGUAAUGUUGAGAGAAUAUUUAUAAAAUUUAAGUCCUUUGUGAAAACUGUGACUGCAUUUUUUUUUUUGAGGGGGGAGGGUUCGUUGCAUGUUGCUCGUUGUUUAACCAACAGUCAGUUUGUCAGGUCGUAUCAAAUGGUACCUUCUUUUAGUUUAU